AUGAAGGACGGAGUCAUUCUGAUUAAUACUUCGCGUGGGCCUAUAAUUGAUAAGCAAGCUUUGAUCGACGCCCUCGAGUCUGGUAAACUAUACAUCGCUGGUCUGGGUGUUUUUGAGAAUGAGCCUCAAGUACAUCCCAAGCUACUAGCAAAUGAGAAUGCUGUCCUGACUACGCACAUGGCUACUGGCACUGUCGAAACAAUUCACAAAUCAGAAGCCCUUGCUAUGUCUAUUGUUCGGCACGCACUUCAGCAUGGAAAUUUAUUGACCCAAGUCCGUGAACAACGAGCUGAACAAACCCCUUGAGUCUGUGAAAAUAUUUGGUGGCUUGCAGCUGAUUGCCGUAUGAGAAAAGCUUGAAUAUCGGCACAGCUAUUAAUUAUUAGUGGUUUCUUCGUAUUUUUUGCAAGGUAAAAACAAACAAGGUAGUCGAAUGAAGAAAUGACUUCCAACAAAAGUGCAUGAUACGAGGCUCUGUGCAGUUUGUAAGACCAUAAUUAUUCAGGCUGAAUUGACGCACCUGCAAAAGAACCAAUUUCUCUGACAAAUGGUAACCACCUAUGGUAGUAUUCAAUGUUGCUUAUUC